CAGUCUUCAACCACAGUUCCAGAAAUAAGAAUGUGCCGAUGACGCCAAAUUACUUGGCGAGAAAGUUAGUAGAUCUUCAUGCAACCCAGAGAAUCUCGUAACUCCUCCCAUUUUUACUCUUUUUUUCUCGUGAAGAUAACCUGUCAACAACGAAUUCUCACCUUGUCUGUCUGUGAUGAUAGUUCUAUGGUAUUGCGCUUAUCUGCCAUAAAUAUGAUUGAGCCAGAUAAACUACUGAUGUCAGUGGUAUUCUGGCUAUAAGUUAUCAGUCAUCCAGUCUAUAUAUAAUACUUGCGUGUAGUCUUUUCUUCAUUAAAUAUAUUUAGUUAAAGGAAAGGGUCUUUAUUGGGUCAAAAUAAUACAAGAACCACCGAUUAUGGAUUAUGACGAAAGUUAUUCCAUAUGUGUAAAGUAUACAAAAUAUCAUUUAAACAAAAAGCUAGUUUAAACAUGCAUAUGCGUAUUCACACAAGUGAGAAACCUUAUAUGUGUGAAGUAUGUAAGAAAUCAUUUAAUCGGAAAGCUUAUUUAAACAAGCAUGUGCUUAUUCACACAGGUAAAAAACCUUUUAUGUGUGAAGUAUGUAACAAAUCAUUUAAUGUGAAAGGUAAUUUCAACAUUCAUAUACGUAUUCACACAGGAGAGAAACCUUAUGUUUGUGAGGUAUGUAAGAAAUCAUUUAAUCAAAAAUCUAAUUUAAACACGCAUAUGCAUAUUCACACAGGAGAGAAACCUUAUAUGUGUGAAGUAUGUAAGAAGACAUUUACUAUAAAAGCUCAUUUAAACCUGCAUAUGCGUAUCCAUACAGGAGAGAAACCUUAUAUGUGUGAAGUAUGUAAGAAGACGUUUAGUGAAAAUAGUAGUUUAAAAACGCAUAUGUUUAUUCACACAGGUGAGAAACCUUAUAUGUGUGAAGUAUGUAAGAAGACGUUUAGUCAAAACAGUAGGUUCAAAAAGCAUAUGUUUAUUCACACAGGUAAGAAACCUUAUAUGUGUGAAGUAUGUGAGAAGACGUUUAGUGAAAAUAGGAAUUUAAAAAACCAUAUGCUUAUUCACACAGGUGAGAAACCUUAUAUCUGUGAAGUAUGUAAGAAAUCAUUUAAACAAAAAGCUUGUUUAUACAGGCAUAAGCGUAUUCACACAGGUGAGAAACCUUAUAUCUGUGAAGUAUGCAAGAAGACGUUUAGUGAAAAUAGUAAUUUAAAAAAGCAUAUGCUUAUUCAUACAGGUGAGAAACCAUACAUGUGUGUAGUAUGUAAGAAGUCAUUUAAUCGAAAAACUGAUUUAAACAUGCAUAUGCGUAUUUACACAGGUGAGAAACCUUAUAUGUGUGAAGUAUGUAAGAAGCCAUUCAGUGAAAAAGGUUAUUUAAAGCAGCAUAUGCUUAUUCACACUGGUGGAAAACCUUAUAUGUGUGAAGUAUGUAAGAAAUCAUUUAAUAGAAAAAAUAAUUUAAAUAGGCAUAUGCUUAUUCACACAGUAGAGACACAUUAUAUGUGUGAAGUAUGUAAGAAAGCAUUUAGUUAUAAGUAUAAUUUAAACAGGCAUAUGCUUAUUCACACAGGGAAACGUUAUGUUUGUGAAGCAUGCAAGAAGCCAUUUAGUCGAAAGUGUAGUUUAAAUAACCAUAUGCUUAUUCACACAGGAGAGGAACAUGCUUAUUCACACAGGUGAGAAACCAAAUAUGUGUGAAGUAUGCAAGAAGGCGUUUAGUGAAAAUAGUAGUUUAAAAAAGCAUAUGCUUAUUCACACAAGUGAGAAACCUUAUAUCUGUGAAGUAUGUAAGAAGUCAUUUAAACAAAAAGCUUGUUUAAACAA